AUGGCCGCGCUGCUUCAACAGCUCCAGCACGUGCUAGCGGCCUGGGAUGCCGGCGAGGACGUAGAGCGGCUGGGUGCGACGCUGAACACAAGCAACUGGAUCCAAGACCGGCGCAGCAGCAAACACAAGAGCCUCUUCAUGGCCUCCGUCGACGCCGCGAGUGUCGGCGAUGUGAUGGUGCAGGCUGGAGGGGAGUGCCCGCCGUGGCUGGAGGAAGAGGGGGGCCCCGCCCGCGCUGAUGCAGGGGCCGGCGAUGCGGCGCAACGCGGAGCACGUGUGGACACAUUGAUAUCGCCCGGGACGACCGCUGAUGCAUCAGCAGUGCAUCGGCGUGUGACCAAACUUGAGCUUGCGCGCGCUGCGCUCGCGUUAUUCACCUCCAACGCCGGGGUUUACAGACCCAUCCUGCGCACAACACUGGGGUUCGUUUUUGAGUUCAUUGACGAGCUGCUGGAUGAGAACAUGGACCUGUCCAGCAGGGAGGCGGACCCGCAGAGGCAUGUGCAGGUGUGGAGCGCUGCCGAGAACGAGGAGGUGGCCACCGCACAUGAGCGUAUGCGCAUGACGGAGGUGCGUAUGGCAAAGCUGGUGGAGGAGUCCGCGACGCAGCGCGACCACCUCAAGGCAGAGAUUGCUACGCAUCAGGCACGUGAGGCGAGGCUGGAGCGUCUGCUUCAACACCAGAUCGAGCUCUCGCACGCAGCCGCCUUGCCUGCGGAGGCCGCUGAGGCUGCUGCGGGCAAUCAACACGAUCCCUUGUACGUGAAGCGGCUCAUCGCGCGCGCUGAAAAGGAAUUGGCCGUUGACGAGCUACAGCAGGAAGUGGAGUCACUGCUCAAGGAGCGGGAGGACCUCAACCGCCACACCCAAAGCCUCAUGGAACUGAACGGCAGGUACGCCCAACAGUGUGUAGAGCUCGCCGCCCGCAUGUCGAUCCUUACCGACCACAACAUCGGCAUCGCAAUUGAGAGUCAGCAUCACCGCAAUGAGGUUCUCGUUGAACAGCAUCGUGGUGAGAAACAUCGGCGAGACCUCCAAGUCGCCCGCAAUGUCGUGAUGGCGGCAUUUGUGAACCGACACCACAGCGUGCAGAGGUGGUGGGGCUCCAUCCGAGAACAGCCGCUGGAAAGGGCCGCUGAGACGUUUCUCCGCCUCGCCAACCGCGCCGAUGAAGCGAUCUCUACCACACGCGAUGCUUCGGAUUCUGGUGCGGAUGCAGACCGUAAAGAAACAGUGCAAACAGAAGAACAUGAUGAGGCUAACGAUAAUAGUGCAACUGCCGGUGUUGUGGCUCCUAGUUCUAUUGCCCGUGUGAUUCCUGAGAGUACCGCGCUGCAUCAUCUGUGGCUUCCGGCGGCCGGCAACAACCCCGAGACUCCUAUGCACCUGCGUACAACUUCACACGUCGAGUAUCUCCGCGUGAAUCCACACGUUGCAGAACGCAUGGUGCAUAUGCUACUGACAGAGUGGGGUAGUGAGACACCACGGCGACCGCUGGACGUCUAUACCUGUGAGUAUCUGCAGCUUUCAGCCGAUAAGAGGGAGGAUAACCCAUCGUCCUCGCCAAUUGGGGAAAAGGAGCUCGCUAUCCCGUGCCGUCAACGCAUUCAAAUCGCGUACGCGUUGGAUGCGGUCUCCCGAAGCGGCUGCUGUGGAUCGUUGACAUACGCAUUUGGAUUAGUGUCGAGAAGACAAGUGCAUGAGCAUAUCUUUCACAUGAUGAGACUGGAUACAAUGAUACUUCAAUCUAUUUGUCAUUUCUUGGAUACGGAACGAAGUCCCCUAGGUGAGCCAAGAGGCAUCAUUCCAGUUGUGCAGUUUGCAUGCAUUUUGAACGCCAUGUACCCAUCCUAUUCGGUACUACGCCUGCAGCAACUACUGGAUGCGGCGAAAAAUGACGGGGGGAGUCAAGCAGAGUCACCAGUGCUAUUGCACUAUAGCGUUCUGUUGCCAGAGCGCAUGAUCCCUGGUACUGUAUCUGUCACUGUGGAGAACGCAGGUGCCCUAUGGGACACUUGCUUUGCACACCUACUAAAUAAGUUUGUCUGCGAGGAUGUGGAGGAGUCAUGGCAGACAGUGGAGAAUAGCUUCUAUACGUUUGCCGCUUCCUGCAACAUUGCGAGUGAGCAACAGCUGCUGUAUCAAGCAUUCAAAGAAAUGCCUGAAGAGGACAACCAUGCGUGGGCUCCAGCACUUGGGAUGGCACUUUCCUCUUGGGAUGAUCUGAAGGCCGAGAAGGCGUCGAUUCUCGUGGAGGAGGUGCCGCGCGUGCCGGUGAAGGAGGCGGUGAAGUACUUGCGCCACCAUACAAUUAUUCGCCGCGGCACUCGUCCCGGCGCUUCUGAGGACCACCUGGCGUUCCUGGAUGAACUGCAGCGGCACUGGAACAACUUUGCUGGAGGCCACUCGCAACACAACUUGGAUCGCUGCAUCCGUCUCGUCGAGUGCCUCGAACAGCGACGCCACGCUGUGUGGGGGGACGCCUCGAUGCCUGCAGGCGAAAUGUUCCGCCACGUUGAUGCUGACGAAAGCCCUACCACAAAUGCACUACUGGCGCGUCUGUUGGAGCAACAGCAGGCGGAGACAUGA